AUGGCACCGACGCAGCUCAGCAUUGUGCUGGAGGGUCUGCUCAACGAACUCGGGACAGCCGACCUCAGUACGCUCGAGGCCAUGCUCAAGCACGAUACAGGCGCAGUGCUCGACGCGAUCCGAAGCACCGCUGCAGCCGCAGAGGCUGGUGCGGCGGUUUAUGCCAGCUCGGCCACGAGCAAUGUUGUUGUGUGCCCAAGCAGCACUGCCACCGCUGGCGUAAUCUCUGGUCAGCACAACGGCAGCAUCUCCCGCACUCUCGAGUUGGAAGAGAAGUUGCGGUCACAGACCAAGGAGCUCGCUUCUGAGCAGCGCUCUGCGAGCGCUGUGAAGAAGGCGCUCGCAUCGGCGCGGGCUGAGCUUGCUGCGGCACAAGAGCGUAGGCGUUCCGACCGCGACAACCUGAGGACAGCGCAGCAGGCUGCUAAACGCGACAUCAAAGCGGCCGAGCGGAUGGCCGACGAGGUAACACACGCAGCUCGAGCUGAUUUUGAGUGGCGUAUUGGCGAGAUGCGGGCCAAGAUGCAGGCCGAGCUGCGCGAGCAGCUCGACGCGCUGCAGAUUUCGAUGGAGGCAGAGGCGAGGCGCGCUGAUGCCGCAGAGGCGGAGAGGGGCGCAGCGCAAGCGCGAAUAUAG